AGAGAGAGUGGGAGAGAGUGGGAGAGAGGAGAGGGGAGAGAAAUGACGAACCAGAGAAUGAAGAACAUCAAGAAGAUCGAGAACAGAAAUGAGAAGAAGGCGAAUGAAGAAACUUCUGUGUACGAGCGUUUAAGAGAUGAAAGAAUCAAGGAGAAUAGGGAGAGAAUGGAGAAGCUUUUGGAUCUUUCUCGCAAGUUCAACUCUGAUUUUUCACAUCAAAAUCGUCCAAAAAUGAAACAUACCGCCAGGAAACCUUCGUUUCUCUCUGUCAACUCACCCAGACGUUCAUCUAGGCUGAGAAUUUCUAGGGUUUCACAUGCUAAAGAGCUUAGUUUGGAUGAGAGUGGAAAACUGCUAGAAAAUCAGGAUGUUUCAUUUCCAGAAAUCUAUACAGAACAACAUGCAAAACUUUUGGGUGACUGCAAAAAAGAAUGGACACUCUUUGUUGAUGGAUUUGAUGAAGAUGGUCAACGUCUUUAUGAUAAUUACAGUGGAAAAUCAUGUCAUCAGUGCAGGCAGAAAACUGUUGGACAUCAUAGCCAUUGUAGCAAGUGCAAAUCAAUGGAAGGGAAGUUAUGUGGGGAUUGCUUAUACACAAGGUAUGGUGAAAAUGUUCUUGAAUCAAAAGAAAACCCAAAUUGGAUAUGCCCUUUUUGUCGAGGAAUCUGCAACUGCAGUCGAUGUCGACAUGCAAAAGGAUGGUUGCCUGUUCGUUUACUUAAGGCUGAGGUUGAGAAACUUGGAUUCAAGUCUGUGGCACAUUACCUUAUUGAAACCCGUAACUCUCAGCAAAAACAAGCCAAACUGGAACCUUCCAUUGAAGUUGAAUUAAGCAAAACUCAGCCUGAGGAAGGAAGAAAAGAGGCAGUGGAGGAAGGAAGAAAAGAGGCAGAGGAGGAGGGAAGAAAAGAGGCAAUGGAGGACGGAAGAAAAGAGGCAGAGGAGGAAGACAGCAAUUAUGAAUGCAGUGAAGAUGAUGAUGAUGAUCUUGAUGAAGAAGAAUCUGACUCUGAUUAGUAGAUUAUUAGUUGCUAAGAUCAAUGUUUUUGAAAUUUUUGGUUAGUUAUCUCUUAUAUGUACUGAAGAAAUAUGUUAAAAAAAUGAAUCUUUAACAUCA